AUGACGACUCCGCCACCUGUACGAACAGGAAUAGUAGCUCCAAGUACCGCUUCUGAAGCUUCCAAUGCAUUACAUAAGAACUCACCACAUCUACACUCCGUCGCUAGCAGCCUCCGAUCCUGUUUGGAUGGCAUGUUGCCCGACAAUCUACGCAACGACAGUACUUUGUUCGAGCAACAUUUAUUCCAGCAACAGAAUCGACUCCAGAGUGAAAAGAAUUCCUGGCGAUUUGGUCUGAAUUAUCUCUUUGAAACACUCAAGCAACAUAAGGAGUGGUACGCCCGCAACCAGCAAUUUGUGCAGCUACGAAAGGACGUCCAACGUUUUGAGAGUCACGUGGCCACUGUACGAGCCAUUUUGGCUGAGAGUGUAAGCAAAUUGGACCUAGAAGCGGGACUUCGAGGAGCUGAACUAGAGGGACGUGUCGGAGCUUAUAAGAUCAUGUUUGAAGUCACUAAAAUUGUCUCAAACCUCAGUCGUCCAUUGGUGAAAUUGCAGAUUCUUAAGCCCAAUGAGUCAUCGCUGUCCAUUUACUGUGAUACUUUUGUGCUGGACAUUGUACUGUCGGGUGGAGAGGGUGCUGUGGAGUCGGCGUCGCUGACGACGGUCGAGAAAGACCAAUCUAGUCAAUUUCCGGAUCGAGAUGAAGACCUGCUUGCAUCGUUGAAGCUACUGGCCAAUGGCGUUAGCGCAAACUUUACGGAAAAGCUGAACCGAUUGAUCAAUCGCGCGGAGUUAGCUGUGAAGUUUCCAUCGUUGAGCUUUGAGCAGCUUGAACGCGAGCUAUUUACCAAUGCCACCGAGGCAUGCAACCACCAGAAAUACUGGACAGCAAAGCGCGCAGUGGAGGGCGUUCGAAUCACGUUCAAAGAUCCGCAUGCAUGCGUUCCUGUGAUCGAGCCGCCACGCAAGCGUAUGAAGCUUGAUGAUUCACAGGCAGGAGUGGCAUCUGGGACUAGUUCUGGUCCUACCGACGCGGCAACCAUUGAUGAGAACAACAAUCCUGAUGACGAUCUGGAUGAUCCCAACAUAACAUCGUCAUCCACGCACGCAGAUGUUCUGUCUCCGCUAGCGAAUGGCGAGUGGGCCGGAAGCAUCAGUUUCAUUGAAUGGCGUGGUGAAGUGGCGUUACACGUGGUUGGAGAUAUUCCUCUCGUAAUGGUUGGCCAGCAAGCUCGAAAGCUAGCUCUUGUAGCAAUGCAGAAAUAUUCAGAUGUGGAUACGACAGCACCAAGAGAUUUGAAUGAAGAUGAAAAACUCUUUAACGAGUUUGUGAGCUGGACGACUCUUGAUGGAAAGAAGCCAAUUUUGCCCCGGCUACACUUUGCUCGGAACCACAGCAUGUGCUCGGUAUUCCCUCCACGUUCGUCGCUAGCGAUGCGUCAAGAGUACACGUUGACGACGAAAGAAAUUUCUGGUGGUCUUAAGCUGCAAUCUUUUCCAAUUCCGUUGUCAAACGCUUCGUUGGAGACGCUGACCAACGUUGUUCAGAUAUGCGGAAGAAGCUUGUUCUUUCAUGCGCUUUUGUUGUCCGCCUUUUGCUCUAGAAGCAACGUGUUUGGCCAACGUAUAUCUGCUGACAAUGAAGAUUCAGUUAACACUCGGAUCAAAGUAGACGUUGCGGCACCAGAGCGCAUUACAAUGAACACUGGAGAUCUUUUGGGGGCUGGAAAGCAGGUGCUGAUCGAGUUGAACACAAAACCAGAUUGUUCAUUGGAACUCAGCUUGAAGUAUCAGACCGAAACGACACCUGCGCUUCCUCUAGAAAAUGCUGCUACCCUGCAGAAGUUGGUGAAUACAUGCCAUUCGAUCCCCUUGCUCACAUACUAUGCAUUGAAGCGUACGAUUCAAGCUAAGAACGGCCCGUCUUCUGCUGAUGCUGCGGGCGUUAAUGGGGAUGACUGCGACGGUAUUGUAGCGCUGGAUGGUGACUUAUCUGUGUCGAUGAAGAUGGAGGGAGAGGGCAUGCUGCUGGAUGAGAUGGAUAUGUUUUAG